ACAGAUUACCGAGAGUUCUUUCUACGAGUUGCGCAACCAAAAACGACCUGGCACAGGCGAUGGCCACCGCGUCCCACCCCGUCUUACCCUUCACUCCCCACCAAAAUCCCGCCACCUCCCACCACCACCACCUCCACCACCAGCUCACCUCCGCCACCUCCCUCACCCACCUCAAACAACUCCACGCCCAAAUCCUCCGCUCCAACCUCCCCCUCCCCUCCACCUCCCUCCUCCUCCACACCCUCUCUCUCUCCUCCUCCCCCCUCUCUCUCUCCUACUCCCUCUCCGUCUUCACCCACAUCCCUAAACCAAAUCCCAACCUCUCCAACAAGCUCUUACGCGAGUUUUCCAACAGCAGAGAGCCCUAUAAUACCCUCUUGGCCUAUUCUCAGCUGAGGGGAAAAGGAUUGGGUGUGGACAGGUUUUGCUUCCCUACGGUGUUGAAGGUGGUUUCUAGGGUUAAGGCGGUGAUUGAGGGGAUGGAGGUUCAUGGGUUGGCUGUGAAGUUGGGUUUUGGCGAUGACCCGUUUGUGGAGACGGGUCUGGUGAGGAUGUAUGAGGGUUGUGGAAGGAUUUUGGAUGCGAGGAGGGUGUUUGAUAAAAUGUCUCACAGAGAUGUUGUCACGUGGAGUGUUAUGAUUAAUGGUUACAGUCAAGCUGGCCUCUUCGAUGAUGUCUUGGCGCUAUUUGAGGCGAUGAAGAGCUCCAAUGUGGAACCGGAUGAGGUCAUUUUUUCCUCCAUUAUUUCUGCUUGCGGCCGUGCCAGGAACUUAAGCUAUGGGAAGGCAAUCCACGAGUUCAUCACUCAGAGCGGCAUGCUCACUGACCCUCAUUUACAGAGUGCUCUUGUCAGCAUGUAUGGAAGUUGUGGUUCCAUGGAGUUGGCCCAGAAUUUAUAUGAUCAGUUGUCAACAAAACCCAUAGUUGUGUCAACUGCCAUGAUAUCUGGGUAUUCCAAGAAUGGACAGGUUGAAGCAGCGCGCUUGAUUUUUGAUCAAAUGACUGGAAAGGACUUAGUCUGUUGGAGUGCCAUGAUGUCUUGUUAUGCGGAGAGCGAGAAACCUUUAGAAGCUCUUGAACUCUUUAAUCAAAUGCAGGUUAGGAGGAUAAAACCUGACAAAGUAACCAUGUUGAUUGUUAUCUCAGCCUGCGCUCAUCUUGGUGCAUUGAAGCAUGCCAAAUGGAUCCAUGAAUAUGUCAAUCGACAUGGGUUUGGUGGUGAUUUGCGUGUUAAUAAUGCUCUCAUUGAUAUGUAUGCUAAGUGUGGGAGUUUGGAAGGAGCCAUAGAAGUUUUUGAUGGAAUGUCUAGAAAAAAUGUAGUAACUUGGACCGGUAUGAUCACCGCCCUUGCCAUCCACGGGGAGGCUGUUAAUGCAUUGAAGCUUUUCUAUCAGUUGGAAAAUGAAAAUAUAAAGCCUAACGAGGUUACAUUUGUGAGUGUGCUUUAUGCUUGCAGCCAUUCAGGAUUGGUAGACGAGGGCCGAAAAAUAUUUGCAUCUAUGGUAGAAGAAUACAACAUCACGCCCAAACUUGCGCAUUACGGUUGCAUGGUAGAUCUCCUUGGACGCGCAAAUCUACUAACAGAAGCUUUUGAGAUUGUAGAGCAAAUGCCUUUGGAACCUAAUGUUGUCAUCUGGGGAUCUCUCAUGGCUGCUUGUCAGUUCCAUGAUGAGUUUGAAUUGGGAGAAUUCGCUGCAAAACAACUUCUUCAGCUUGACCCGGAUCAUGAUGGGGCCCAUGUGUUCUUAUCAAACAUUUUUGCCAAAGAAAGGAGAUGGGAAGAUGCAAGGGAGGCGAGGAUAUUGAUGAAGCAGAAAGGCGUAUCCAAAGAGAGGGGAUGGAGUAGGAUUGAACUGAACAAUGAGGUACACCAGUUUUUAAUGGGAGCCAGGAAUCAUGAACAAGCUGAUGAGAUCUAUGCAAAGUUAAAUGAAGUGGUGGGUGAACUGAAGCAAGUUGGUUAUGCUCCGAAUACCUGCAAUGUUUUAGUGGACUUGGAUGAAGAUGAAAAGGAAAAAGCUGUAUUAUGGCACGGUGAGAAGUUAGCACUUUGUUAUGGGCUGAUUCGAGAGGAACAAGGAUCGAGUAUUCGCAUAGUUAAGAAUCUUAGAAUCUGUGAGGACUGCCAUACCUUUAUGAAGUUGGUGUCUAAGGUGCAUCAGAAGAACAUUAUUGUUAGAGACAGGACUAGGUUUCACCAUUAUAAAGAUGGCUUGUGUUCUUGUAAUGACUACUGGUGAUAUUUUGAUGUAUUUCACUAUUAUCCAGAUUACCAAA